AUGACGACGGCUAUUGAAAAUUUGGUGCACGGGUACAGAGAUGUUAUAGACAACAGGUCUGAUCCUAGAGUGAAAGAUUGGCCGAUGAUGAAUAGUCCACUUCCUACGAUGGCAAUUUGUCUAUUUUAUGCUUACUUUUCAAAGGUUUUGGGACCCAAAUUAAUGGAAAAUCGGAAACCUUUUAAUUUACGGAGUAUCCUAGUUGGUUAUAAUUUUAUUCAAACUUUAUUUUCUACGUGGAUUUUUUAUGAGUAUUUAAUGAGUGGAUGGGCGAGAGGUUACAGUUUUAGAUGUCAACCAGUAGAUUACUCAAAUAACCCUAUGGCGCUUAGGAUGGUGAACGUUUGUUGGUGGUAUUACUUCAGCAAAUUUACUGAAUUUUUUGAUACGUUAUUUUUUAUUCUAAGAAAGAAGAAUCAACAAGUCACAACUCUUCAUGUAAUUCAUCAUGGUGUGAUGCCGUUUUCAGUAUGGAUGGGUUUAAAGUUUGCGCCUGGUGGUCAUAGUACUUUCUUUGCACUUUUAAAUGCUUUCGUUCAUAUAAUAAUGUACUUCUAUUAUAUGAUAGCAGCAAUGGGCCCUGAGUAUCAAAAAUAUAUCUGGUGGAAAAAAUAUUUAACUACUUUCCAAAUGGUUCAAUUUGUUUUAAUAAUGAGUCAUCAAUUCCAAUUGCUUUUCAUAGAGUGUGAUUAUCCACGUAGUUUUAUGAUUUGGAUCGGACUACAUGGUGUUCUAUUCCUCGGUCUCUUUUCCGACUUUUAUAAAACAAAAUAUAGCUCGAAUCGUUUAAAGGUGAAAUUAAGUAAUAAUGGGACUUGUAUGCCAGUUUUGGAUGACAAUGAAUAUAAAAUUCAGCAAAAUGGUAAUUCAAUCUACACAACGACUAUAUACAAAAAAGAAUACAACAAGUCUUAUACCAAUGGCACCAAUAACGGUUAUGUUGUUAAUAAUAAUACUGAAAAAAAGCUUGCUUAA